AUGCAAACAAAAACUAUUCUUGCUUUAUUUUGUACAAUCGUUAUACUUUUAAUCGGACACAAUGAUGGUGCGCCAACAGUUGAAAAAAAGAUAGUAGCUGAUAAAGAAACACCUGCUGCUACACACAAGAAACCAAAAACUGUUGGUUCGCGUACAGAAUGGAAAACACAUAUCGAUGCAAAAACUACAAAAUUAUUCAAUGAUCAUAAAGCAAUAGUAUCAAAGAAACUUAAUUCUGUGCAUAAAGUACCAACAUCGUUUAAUCCCAAACCAGCAAAAUAUUCAACGCAAGUUGUUCAUGGAAUUCUCUAUCAUUUUCUAGUUCAAAUACCAAAUAAUAAAUAUGCACAUGUUACAAUUGUUAGCCGCAAAUGGAAAAAACCAAAUGUACCAACUGAUGAAAAUGUUACUGUACGAGAACAACUUUAUGGUUUAAAUGACAAGAAUAUUUGA